UGCCGCUCACCGGGACUUUCACAAUGAAGUUCAUGAAAGUGGGCCGUGUGGCCAUCAUCACCCGUGGCCGUUAUGCCGGUAAGAAGGUACGACAUAAUAUUCCUGAUCCUGGAGGAACGAUAUCCGUCGAGACGCUGUGGCAUACGAGUUGAAAUUGGAAUUUUGGAGAAAGAACUGGGAUAUGUCCAAAAUGGGACGGCGGAGAUACGAAAACAUAAGAGGGAAAUGCGGAUGGAAUACAACGAACGAGUGCUGACAGCGCUUUCCCCCGAUUACAGGUCGUCAUUGUCCAGCCCCAAGACUCUGGCUCUAAGGCGCACCCCUUCUCCUACGCCAUCGUCGCCGGUAUCGAGCGCUACCCCCUGAAGGUCACCCGCCGUAUGGGCAAGAAGACCCUCGAGAAGCGCAGCCGCGUCAAGCCCUUCAUCAAGGUUGUCAACUACAACCACUUGAUGCCCACCCGUUACACCCUCGAGCUCGAGGGUCUCAAGGGUACCGUCACCCCCGAGACCUUCAAGGAGGUUUCCCAGCGUGAGGACGCCAAGAAGACCAUCAAGAAGGCCCUUGAGGACAGAUACACCAGCGGCAAGAACCGGUGGUUCUUCACUCCUCUGCGUUUCUAAACGGGGUUAUCGGGGGCGUUAUUUGUCAUUUGAGCGCGCAAGGUUCCUGGAUGAGGCAAACCGAGGGAUAAAAUUGCAUCGAUCACAUUCGGUUCGGGAGCAUGGAAUAAAAUAAACAGAUAUACCAUAGCUGGAAGCAGAAUUGGGAAUGUAUCGGUGAACAAGUCGCACACUUGGCCAUGUUUUUCUUUUAAUGAAGGCCGCCAUUGCGAACUGGCGUCCGUCGAAAUGAAUGAAAAAAAUACGAACGUUCAUAACUCUAUGGUGCCCUGCAACUCUGGCGGUU